UAAAAAGCUCCAGUGGGGUCAGAAAACAUCACAGAAGAGACGAAAACCAGCUAGAAUGGAGGUUGAUGAAGACUCAGCUGAAAGACCAGAGAGAGAAUCUGCAAGAAGUGAUGAUACACACAUAAGACGGAGCUCUUAUCAUGUGUGUGAUGAAGCCAAAGUAGAAAAAAGGACAACUAAAAAUAAGUCUGAUGCAGAGGAGGAUCUUAUGGACACUCAACAAUCAGAGAGUUGUGAUAAAAACACAGGCAGGAAGAUUGCAAUUACAUCUACAGCAUCUGCAAGGGAUGAUAAAGCGAUGCCAUGUCUCACUCUUGCGUUAAUUGGUGAAACAAAUUCAAUUGAUCUUGAGCCAAAUAAUGUUCUCCUUGUCCAGGAAACACAGGUGGAAGAGUUUUCAUCCAACCUGUACGAUCUGUGUGGCCGCCACAUCUCUGUCAUUAACAUGCUUGGUCUUCCAAAUUAUGAUGACAUCCCAUUAUCUCAGUCUGUUCGUGCCUUUGUCUUGUUGAUACCAAAUGGACAGCAUGUAAGCCAGUACACUGCAGGAAUGUUGUGGUUCCAGAAAACCUUUGGGAAGGAGAACAUUCCUCAUGUCAUGACAGUAAUUACCCAUGAAACUGAUGAGAACUGUGAAAAUGCACUCAACGACCUGAAACAUAUGAAUACUUUUUCUGAAAAAAGAUGCCACACGUGUAUAAGAAGUAUGGCGGAUGCUGAAGAGAUAAUAACUCUUUUGGAAAAAAUCGAUGUCAUGCUCUCUGAAAGAGAUACAAACUAUUGUUGCCAACAAUCCCCUGGAAAAAAUGGAGACCAGAAGAAACUGUAUGAUGUACCACAUAAAGCAAAAAUCACUACAGAAGAAAAGACUGAAGCUGAACUUAAGUGUGAUCAACUGAAGAAACAUGUUGGUGCUGAACAAUCUAAAAAAAAAUAUGACAACGGAGAAGUACAGUGUGAAAACAAGACAGUUCACUGUGAAACAAAGGAGGAAGGUGUACUGCAGAUGGAUAUCAGUGAACCCAUACACAAGACUAAAUGCAAUCCUUUUGAGGAUAACCAAAAGAAACGUCAAAACGAAACUGAAAAACUACUCAGAAGACUUCACCUCCAGGACCAACAUCAACCCAUGCUGUCAUCAGAGGACUUUGUACAAAUACGUCCACCUAUAAAAAACACUAAUGAGAUCUUUGAGAGAGAUCUAGUUAGUGCUUUUCUUCAGAGGUUAAUGAUGUUAGAUUAUAGAGCCAGAUACAUCCCUGUUCAGCAAGAAAGCUCUGAUGUGAACAAUUCAGAGGCUGGUCAAGUGUCUGACAGUGCUAUUACAGAUGACGAUGACCUGGAUGCUCUUUUUACAACUAAUGUAGACAUAGAUCAGUCAAAAGAGAAUCAUGUGCAUCCAAUGGAUGUUCAAAUGGCAGUAUUUCACUGCUCAGACAGCUUCCUUAAACAGAAAAUGAUCACAAAGUUGUCACAGUGUCAGUAUGCCUUACCACUGCUUGUUCCUGAUCCUCUCUCAACAAAUAUUGAGUGUCCUUUGUGGACGUUCAGACAAAUAACAAAAACAUGGAAAAUAAGCACAAACAAAGAAAAUGCAACCACUGUCACCAUGAAAAGCAUGCCAAUCUACAAAGCUGACACUCCCAUGGUUUCAUUUUUCCGACUGGGCUCCAUGUCUUUGUCCAAAUCUCAAUUGAUGAAUGCCUUGAUCAACGACCGCCACGACACAUUCUUCCACAGAAACUGUAAAGGCAGCACCAAAUCUCGUUAUUUGAUGGAUGGCGUGGCAGAGAUUGCCUGGUACUGCCCUGCUGGAAAAGACAAUGAUUUCUUUACUGACUGCAUUGCCUUCUGUAAUCUUCAUGGGGAUUCUCUAGCAAUUGGAAAACAGCGUGAAAUUCUGACUGAAAUGUCAUCAGUCAUUGUUGUUCUUGUGCCAACUCUGGAAAAAUUCCAGGAAAGUACUGCAGUCAUUUCUAUGCUUUACAAGUCUUCAAAGCCUCUAAUCAUCCUCAGUGCAGACAAUGACAAUAGUGCAGUUCGGGUGAAACCUCAAAAAUACAAACUAGGGCUGAAAGAAAGAAGCCAGUCGGAUGUUUCAGAAGAACUAAAGAAGAUUAUAAAAAGCCUUUUGUCUGGACCCCACACAUCCUUCAGGCUGGAGACUAUGGCCAAAGUCUCUGGGGUCAAAGUGGAUGAAGAUCAGAAAGUCUGCCAGAAUGGGAAAUCUGCGGCAAUGGAAAUAAUUGAAUUGAUUGAAAGGAUGGACGUUGCCAAGAUCAAAGAUAAAUUUCUACCCUGCCAAGGUCAACUUUGGUCCAACUGGUGCAAAAUCAAUAAAGAGUUGCAUCAUCUAAAGGGAGACAUUGAGAAAGAAAAGGGCCAGAAGAGUCAUCAGCUAAUGAAACUACGAGAGAAACAGUGUGAUGUAUCUAAUAGUAAACUGAUGAGGUUGUUCACUCAAAGCCUCCAGAGUUUGCCACCAAAAGAAAGAGAAUAUUUCUUGACAUGGACUCAGAUCCUUAUAGAUGCCCUCUCCACAGAUGAUCUCUCUUCAAUUCUCCAAAAUUAUGAUGAAACCUGGUCAGAGGUCUUGGUCUUGAAAAAUAAACAUGACAAAUCUGCUCAAUUAAAACACAAACAAACGGAGCUUGAACUGUUGUCACAAAAGCUUCAAUCAGCAACCUUCGGUCUGGAACACAUCUUCAGAGAGAUGGGACAGAUCUAUGAAGCCCAUAAAUCUUUGAAGAAACCAUUGCUGUACCAACAACAUGAUUGGAUCAAAUACCCUGAGCUGGCUGCAGAUCUGAUGAUAUCAGGACACCCGAUGGAGUUGAUGGAUGGGGAUGCAGGCCAUGUGCCUUUAAUAUGGAUCUCUAAUCUUUUACAGGAAGUCAUCAAGAAACUUGGUGACCCGAGAGUUUUUGUGCUGUCAGUUCUGGGUGUACAAAGUAGCGGAAAGUCAACGAUGCUGAAUGCCAUGUUUGGCCUGCAGUUUGCAGUCAGUGCUGGGAGGUGCACCAAGGGUGCCUACAUGCAAUUGGUUAAGCUGUCAGAGGAAAUCAAGGAUAAAUACCAGUUUGACUACAUUCUAGUUGUAGACACUGAAGGACUGCGUGCUCUUGAGUUAGCAGGUAAUGCUACCCUUCAUCAUGACAAUGAACUUGCAACAUUUGUUGUUGGUCUGGGAAACAUGACACUGAUCAACAUCUUUGGUGAGAAUCCAGCUGACAUGCAAGAUAUCCUACAAAUUGUUGUGCAGGCUUUCAUGAGGAUGAAGAAAGUCAAACUUUCUCCAAGUUGUGUGUUUGUCCAUCAGAAUGUCACAGAUAUUACGGCAGCAGAGAAAAACAUGGAUGGAAAAAGACGUUUGCAGGAAAAACUGGACAAGAUGGCUCAACUUGCUGCCAAAGAGGAAGUGUGUGAUGUUGAGUGCUUCAGUGAUGUCAUCGCAUUUGAUGUGCAAAAAGAUGUGAAAUACUUUGCUCAGCUGUGGGAGGGAAGUCCACCAAUGGCUCCUCCAAAUCCAGGUUAUAGUGAGAGCAUCCAAGAACUCAAGUCCAUCAUCUUGUCUAAAGCCAAACAGUCUACUGGAACCACUCUGUCACAUUUCAGCACCAAAAUUCAAGACCUGUGGAAUGCUUUGAUGAAUGAACACUUUGUUUUUAGUUUCAAAAAUACACAGGAAAUUGCAGUUUAUAGAAAACUGGAGGUCCAAUAUGGGAACUGGACUUGGGCCCUGAGGAGUGAGAUGCUGAAUAUUGAAAACCAACUUUAUCCCAGAAUUGAAAAGGGCCAACUGGACAAAGUUGAGCUGAGUUAUCUUACCAAAGAAAUGAGCAAAAAAUACAAAGAAAUAACAAAAGCAAUCGUGGAUUACUUUGAAGAUGACAAAGACAAAGAAAUGUUGGUUCAAUGGCGGGGCCGAUUUGAGAACAAAAUCAAAGAGUUUCAUGAGGAACUUGUGAGAGGGGUGAAAAGAAAACUGGAUGAAGUAAUUCAGCAAAAUAAUGCUAGAAAAAUGCUUGACAAGAAGAAGACAGAGUUUGAAAACAAGCUACUACAGAAGAGCAAAGAGCUUGCUCACCAUUUAAAAUUCAUUGCAGCAGAUGAAGAGGAACUAAAAGCACAAUUCAGCACUGUUUGGAGUCACUGGGUUAAGGAAUUAACCUCAGAUACAAAACCCAUCGAGAACAUAAACUUGGAGGAGGAUCAGCAACUUGUCCUUCAAGAUCUUGGUGUAGAAUGGGGACUCAUUGAUGAGUCAAAAAGAAGUAAGAGAUACAAAAAUCUGUCAGAAACUGGAAACUACUUCGGCUACAUAACCCAAAAGAAAUAUCAAAAACUCAAUCAGGAAACCCAACAGUCUCAGGAAAACAAGAGAGAAGCAGACAAAGACACAAGUGGACAAAGCAAAACCUUUUUUGGGUUUUUCCAACAAUGGUUUGGAAUGGCAUCAACAACACAGCAUGUGGACGAACGUAAACCAAAAAAUACUUUCCAGUAUGAAGAACAGGAACUGAUCAGAUCAUUUGUUAAAAAGGUUGUAAAAGAAUGUCUUGAAGCCAUUAAGAGCAAACCUGUUGCAACAAGAGGUUACAGGUCAACCUACUUGCAGGAACUUGCCAAAAAUGUCAAACAAAAAGUGACAGAAUUUGAAUCAGGGAAGAAAUUUACAUUCAAGAAGGAGUUUACAGUUGACCUUUCACUGCAUGUGUUUGAUAGGGCAGAAGGUUGGCUCUUAAACGCUCACAAGAUCUACAGAGACAACAAUGAUGCACUGACUUAUUUGGACAACAAGAAAAAUGAGUACUACAACAUUUUCAGAAGCUUCUGCAAAGGAAGUUCAUCGGCUGUGGUGUUUGGAGAAAUUAUGUGUGAAAAACUCAAAGUCUCUGCCGCUGAAGCCGUCUGUAACAAGACUGGAGUUGAUAUUGCUGGAGAGAUGAGGUCCAAUUUCCCAGCAUUCAAUGGAAACAGACUGAACUUAGAGAAGCAUGUGUUGGCAUCUCUAGCAGAGAAAGAAGACUUUAGCAGAUUCACCACCUACAUCAGAAAUCCAAGAGCUGAAGUAGAGGCUUUCAUCAAAGAAGAAGUAAAGGAAUACAUGUUCACGACACAGAAAGAUAAAGCCCAGACUAUCCUUAAGAAACAUGUAGAAGACAUCACCAGAGUCAUCAGUCAGGCUUUGUUUGAGACAACAGAAACAUUCAAACUCCAGAAAGUAAACAUAGAAAUGUGGGUUGAGGAAUUUUCUAGUAAACUGAAGCCAAAGUUGACUCUUGACACCAUUAGUUGUCAAAACUUCAGCGACAUAAACAAUUUUGAAUUUCUUAAGCAAGAGAUAGAGAAAGGCAUGAAAAGCAUCACAACAGAGAUGAGCAAACUCUCCCUGGAAAAAGUGAAUGACUGUAGGCAGAAACCUGAUCAGAUCCUGAUUGAUCAGCUGUGCAACUGCUGCUGGGAAAGGUGUCCAUUCUGUGCCGCUGUUUGCACAAACACUUUGAAGGACCACAGUCCUGAGAAGCACAGCGUUCCUUUUCAUCGACCGUCUGGAAUCGAAGGUUGGCAUGUAAGAGGAACAGUUGAUCUGGUCAUUGAUUUCUGUACCACGUUAGUUGCAAGUGACAGAGCCUUUUACCCAAAACAUGACUCGGAGAACACUGUUCCCUAUAAAAAGUACCCAACUGCAGGAGAACCAUUUGCUUCUUGGAGCAUUACAGCUGAUGCCUCCAUGCUGGCCUACUGGAAAUGGUUCAUCUGCCACUUUCAAAAUGAAAUAGAAGACUACUAUCAUAAGAAAUUUCAGGGUUACGGAGAAAUUCCUCAGCAAUGGAAAAGCUUCAGUAAGGAGGAUGCUAUUGAAAGUCUGAAUGAAAUGUUUAGUUUGUGAAGAAACUGCAGGUGUUCAUAGAAACUAAUCAAGUUGUGAGUUUGAUCAGUAAUUAUGACGUUCAAAGCUCUUCAAAAUGAAUGAAUGAACAUUUAUUACCUUUGGUUUCUACAUCCUGAAUGAGUUAUAUUUGAAGGAUAAUUGAAAUGGCUUCAAACAAACAGUUGUAUGGUUUACUUUAUAUACAUUUUCAGUCUUUUUUUCCAUUAUUCUGAUUAUUUUUUAGACACCAAAAGGUGUUAUUUAGGAAAUAAGCAUUGAAAUAUAAUAUGACUCUUGAUUUGGGUUACAGUAUGUAAACAUCUUGCCUUUUGUAUCCAGAGGAAAUCAAUUUAUUAUGGUAUAUUUUCUCAUGUUUUAAAAUUUUAUACAUGUAUGGUAAAAUUAAAAUCUUAAUCCAUAUAUUUUUUAAUCCCCAUUACAAUCAUAUUGAUCCAGGAGAUAAAUACCUUAAAAUAAACCACAUGUGAAUUUCAUGAACUAGAUGUUUUUUGUAAAUAACUUCAAUGAAUUUAGAUUCUCCCGCCCCUAUUUUUUUAUUUAUGUUCAAACUUUGCUGUGUUAAACUAAUUUGUUAAGCAACUGAAUAUUUUUCAUCCAUAUUUCUUUUUAGUUUUUUUAUUUAUUUCUUUAGUAAUUCUUUGGUUUAUUCCCUGUAAAUUUGUUUUUCUCUAAAUAGACUCCAAGUUUUGUAAUAGAAAAUGAUCAUAUAAAAAAUGUAACCACCCUUGAAGUAAAUGAAAUAAGUAUACUUCUUUGACAUAUCACAUCAUUUAUAAUAAAUAUUAUUAGAUUUAACAAGGCAGAUAACACAAAUGAUGCAGAACAUUGUUUCACCAGUAAAAGUUAUGUUUGAUUUUAACUUGUAUUAAAUUCACUAAAAUGCUCCUGAUUUCUUUUCUUCACCUCUUCAAAAUAAAAAAAGGUUUGAAAA